GCGUAGCCGGCACAGGACGCGGUCACCUACGUCAUCACGUCGCGUCCACUGCGACAGACACACGAGAGAGGAGGUUUUACUUUUCUCGGCUGUCGGGGAAAAUGUCGGUGUUUCACGACGAGGUCGAGAUCGAGGACUUUGAGUAUGACGAGGACACGGAGACGUAUUAUUUCCCUUGUCCCUGUGGGGACAAGUUCGCCAUUACUAAAGAGGACCUGGAGAACGGGGAGGAGGUCGCGACGUGCCCGAGCUGCUCGCUCAUCGUCAGGGUGAUCUACGAUCAGGAGUUUUUCAAGUCGGGAGAAAUCGUGGAAGCGUCGUCGACUACUGAAACCAAACUGGAGCUGGUUAAGUCCUGACCCCCCCCCCCCCGCCAUGACGGAUAAAAAGUGGGACAGGAUUUUGGGUCUCCACUACCCAGCAUGCACCUGGCUGUCCCGACGUUCAGUGGCAG